AUGUUUAGAUCAGGUUACUCUGGUACACGUGAACGUGUUUCACGUUAUUGGGAACCUUCAACUCCAUCACGACAACCAACACCAUUGCCGCCGCCUCCACCUCCGCCGCCAGGACCACCACCUGCACGUAUACCACAAGAAUAUUAUCCAUAUAUUGGUCCAGGGAAAUGGAAUAGAGGUCGUAUUCGAUGGUUUAAUCCAAUCGAACAUUAUGGAAGUAUAAUUGCUGAUUUUCGUAAUUUAGAAGUAUUUUUUCAUCAAUCAAAUCUGUAUGGAAUAUCCUCGGAACAAUUAUAUCCAGAUUUACCGGUUUGGUUUCAAAUACGUCCUGGUGUAAGAGGCUUAGAAGGCUAUAAUAUUCAACCAGCCAUUGAAAUGGGUGGAGAAAUAGCUAGAAUAAGAAGGUUACCCGAAAGGCGUAGAACACGAAGAUUUCGCUGUUAUAAUUGUGGACAAUAUGCUUCUCACAAAGCUGCAACUUGCCCAUAUGAACCAAUGAGACGACGUUGUUAUCGAUGCCGUGAUCCUACUCAUCUUAUAGCUCAAUGUCCAUUGUUACAUCCGCCACCAUUAUUUCAUCGUUAUUCAUUCCCUGGACCAUCAACACUUCAACAACCUCAACAACAACAACCACAACCACUAUUGCCAGAACCACCAUCUGUUGUAGAACCACCCGAGAUAACUGCUCAACAACCACAAAUGCAAUACUUUUUCCCGCCUGGUUUCGGUUAUGACGAUGAUGACGAUGAUCCUGGUGAUCAAUCUGGUGAUUUUUAGAGAAUCAAUGUUCAUCUUUUUUUCUAUAAUGCAUUCAGCGUUCAAACCAAUUUCUGUGAUAAAAAAAAAUCAAGGAGUGAAGCUGUUUAGAAAAGACGGAUAUAAUUUCUGUACAAGCAGUCCUAUGUUGUCUUCAUAUCUAAGCGGAUUAUCUCUCUCUCUGAUUUUUUAAUGUUCUAAUUCUCUAGAUUUUAUUUUAACUAGGUCGUGAUAAAUGCAUUUCUGUUCGACAGAUAUCUACGGAUAUUCUUGUUGUACACUAAUCCUCCUCCCACUCCCACUACCGCUACUCUUACUAAUUCGACUCCUGCUUUCCCUGCUCCUCCUGUUCCUACUGUCAGCAGUUACUUUUGUGUUUUUGUUAUUUCUCAACAGGUAAAUUCUCCCUAUUUUUAUUCUAUUCUGCCUUCUAAUUACCUGAUUCACUCAUUCGUUCAUUUCCCUGUUUUCUUCACCAUCCUUCAACCUCAGUGUUCAAAGCUACGCACUAUAACAGAGUGUUUAUUCUCUCUGAUUCCUAAAUAAUCAUAGAUUUUUAGGUAUAUAUACAUUUAAGAAUGUUGUAGUGACAAUGAGUGUAGAAACGGUGGCACACUUUUGAUCGUGAAAUGACUGUGAUCUUUUCAUCGGAUUGCUUUGUCUGUUGUUCCCUUCACGAGGAGGGCAUUAUAAAAGGACUUGCUUCCAUUCAGUGUUAUUUACUGUCAGUAUCAAGAUGGUUCUAGUUAUUUUAUUCAACAGAAUCUAGAAAUAUAUAUUCAACCAACUAUCCAACUAACUUCUUAAUUGACUAUAAAAAUUCUACCUAGUGAAUCUUUAAUAUUAGUUAUUGCAAUUACUUUUACUACUAUUGUUAUACUACUUUAUUAUUUUGAUAGUAGUAUGAUAUGCGCACGAAAUAUUCUCCGUUUUUCUUUUUUCUGUUUAUAGGAUAUUUUUUUGUAUCAGAGACAAUGGGUGAUUAUUAUUUUGAUCCAACUGGUCUUGGCAUCUCUCUCUCUAUAUAUAUAUAUUCCUUAUUAUCAUUAUUAUUUGCUUUCUAAAAACUUAUUUUUCAAAUUUUUGGGUUUUGUUUUUGAUUGUUUUUUAGGGGCAUUUUUAGGGGGAUCAAAUAUGAUAUCCCUCAACAGCUUCUUCACACAGAAUUCGAAAAGUCAUUGAUGAAACCGUUGAUCGAUUCAUCAACUUAAUUACUUAUUAUGCGUGUUUGUUUAUUAGUAUUACUAAUAUUAUUAUUGUUAUUCUUUUAAAUACUACUUUCAUGUGACUAUUGUUAGUAAUAUUUACAGUUUUAGAUAUAUAUAUAUUUUUAUCAUUCUAUACCAUUUCACUGGGUGAAAUGACUUCAUUUACUUGAAGCCUCUUGAAAGUAUUAUUUCAAUAAUUAAACUAUUCUACGAUUUAUUACUAGUACGAUAAUAUUAUCAUGUUAGUAUUUUUUUUUAUUAUUUUCAUAUUGAAAAAUACUCACAAAUUUGAAUUUAUAUACACAUAUUUUGCUAUAUAUGCUGCAUUACGUCUGCUCUGGACAGCAUAGUACGCCUAAUGUGCUUAUCUCCUUCCAUUUCUCGGUUCCUGUAUCCCUCUUAAUCACUCAGUCAGUCAGUCAGUCACUCACUCACUCACUGAACUACUCACUCACUUAAUCACCGUCUCCAUGUCUCUCUAUCUCUCCCUUUCUCUUCCCCUCAUACUCAAACAGUGAUACUUCUAUUUUGCCAAAACGCACAAAGCAUUUCGUGUUAUUCAUAUUAUUAUUGUUAUUACUAUACGAAUUACUAAUACUGACUAUUAGGUUCGAUUGAUUAUCCUUUUUGUUUAAAAGUCUUUUAUUUUUUUCUCGCUGAAGAGCUGGUCUCUCUCUCACUCUUUGUCUCUGUGUCUCUCUAUGUGUGCGUAUGUGUGUGUGGGUGUGUGUGGGGGCGUUUUCAAAGCCACACCCUGUGUUGUUAUGUCAUUUCAGCGUUUUUCGAUCAUGUUUUUUUUUCUAUGAGCUUGUUACUAUUGGCUAUAAUUGUUAUGAUUGCUAUUAUUAUUGUAAUUAUUACUACUACUAGUAUUCGUAUGAGUAGUAUUGUUGUUAUUAUUUUUAUUUUUGAAGCACUUUUUGUUUAUGCUUGUCUUUGUCUGUCUGUUUGUCUGUUUUUAUUUUUAAUAGAAGACGAAGAGGAUCAAGGGAGAGAUGAUUGGGAGAU